AUGGUGGAUCUCACAUAUAUCAGCUUCGCAAGGUCUGUCGGGGCCUCCGUCCCUCAGAGACAUCACAUCCCCCUCCCAGAGAGCCAGGAGGACCACAGUGAAGACUCACGCUACAGGGAGCAGUACAGCCCAGCAGGAGAACCCCAGUGGCCUGGAGAAGAGUGUUGGAGAAGCUCCUCCCAGCGCUGUGGCCAAACGUGUUGGUUUUACUUCCGCCUGUCACAGCCCCCAGCCCGCUGCUGCCCACAGGACGGACGGUACUUCCUAUGGGGCAUCAUGCCGGAGGCCCAGAGCAUGAGCCAGUGUACCUUCAUGACCCUCCCACCUCCUCCUCCUCACCCCACGUCCUCCCCCUCACAGACCUCCUUCCCCAGCCAGGAAGGGACUGUCUCUCCCCCCUCCUCCAGGGUAGGGGACAGGAGACCUCCCAGUGAUCUCACUCCUCCCCAGUCUGAGUGGAGCUGUUCCAGUCCCAGCCUCAGCAGACUGACGUACAUCUCUCUGAAUGACAGCACGGCUCUCGACAGCACCGGCUUCCCAACACCGGACAGACACAAGAGUAAUGGCACCAUGUCUCUGAGCACCACUAUAGUCAGGGCCAGUCCCACCCCUCCAGUAGACGGGGCUGAUACCCAGAGUCCUUCAGGUCAGGAUCUACCUCUUCACCGCUCUACAGACAUCCUCUGUCCUCCUAGACAGUCCAAGAGCCCAGAGUCUCCUCACCACUCUGACGGUCCUCCGAGAGGCUCGGUAGACCUGCGGAGUGGUUCAGGUCUGGGCUUUACCCGCAGCCAGAGUGAGUGUAACUAUCACUGUGGGAACGAUAGAGACUACGACCUGCUGAAACGCCACUCCGUACCCAACUCACACCGCCUCACCAAGGUGGAUUCUGGGUACUCCAGCCACCUGAACAUCCAGCAGCCCAGCGGUAUGGGGGGCCAGGGGAACCAGCAGUGGUCCGGGGUCUCAGCCCAGGGGAGUGAGGUUUAUCCUGGGGCCAGGACGGGCUUCGGCUUGCCUUCCUCCGAGGACCUGUGCUACGUGCCCAUCUCCAGCUUCAAGCCCCAGGGCUCCAUGGUGGACCUGCCUCCAGGGGUCCCCAGCCUCCUGACGGGGCGCUCCCUCUUCAGCUCCCAGCUGGCACAGCAGAACCUGGGCUCGGAUGGAGCUCUACACCCUGGUCUCCCUCUGCCUGCUCCCUACCGCCACAUGGCGGCAGCAGGGAACGACCUGUACGGUCACGCUAUGUCCUCACGGUUAGGACCCAACGUUGACCCCUCAGUCAGACACCUCCACAGCUCUGGGGGUCUGGGUGUCUCUGGGCCUGGUGGACCAGGAGGUCCUGGGGGUCUGUACCACUGCUCUAACCCCCACCUCAAACCCUUGGACCCAGGACUGAUGGAGGGGAACCCCUACAGCCAGAGCUGUGUAGCCUCGUGGGAUAAUGGCAGCCUUCCUGAACUCACAGCCCAGGUCGUGAUCCCUGAGGAGCUGAGGUUCCCCCAUGCCUGCUGUGUGGGCAUCUCCUCUCAGACCUCACUGGGCAUCUUCAACCCCUCCGAGCGCUGGCAGCAGGUCUCCAUCACCGUCACCAGCCUGGCCAUCGACGGAGAGAAGGUUGAUUCAUUCCCGUACCAGUGGCUGAUAGUGAAGAACAAGACCAUCAUUGGCCCUAAGAGCACGGAGGAGCAGAAGGUGUUGUUCAUCCCGCCUCAGGCCGGGGUGUACCAGGCUGUCCUCAGUGUCUCCUCCUGGCCCGCCUCCGCUGAGGCCCAGGCUGUCGCCCGCGCAGAGGUGUUCGCCAAGAGGGUGGUCCUCGUCGCCAUGGCAGAGAACCCUGCUCUGGAGGUGGAUGUAGGGAAGUGUGGCAGUCUGGACUUCGGAGACCUGGCAGGGGGCAGUGCCAAAGCUCUCCCUCUGAAGCUGCUGAACAGGACUCAUGCUACUGUACCUAUUAGACUGGUUAUCAGUGCUAACGCCACGGCCUGGCGCUGCUUCACUUUCUCCAAGAGUCCCGUUGCCAUGACAGCUGAGGGCCUGCUGCAGGCGGGGACUCUGACCUCGCUGGCCGCUCCGUCCGUCAUGAGCCACGUGAUGCACGCCAGCUACGGAGAGAAUGCAGAGAGCUUCAUGGUUUGGGUCCACUUCCACGCUCCACAGAAGUACCAGUCCUGUUCAGGGGAUCUAGGUCCAGCGGAUGAGUACAGUGCGCGGGUGGACAUCGAGGUGGACUGUCCAGGCCCCAGUCAUGUGAUCAGGAGCGUCCCUCUCAGAGCCAGGUCUGGAACAGCCAGAGUCCACGCCCCUAAAGACCUGCAGACUGUUAACCUCUCGGCAGCGUUGGGUCAGUCCAGCAAGCAGACUCUGCCUCUGAAGAACGCAGGCAACAUUGAUGUUCAGCUGAAACUCAAGAACAGCGGUGGUGAUGACUGUUUCUCUGUGAGUCCUGUUGACCUGUGUCUGCGUGCCGGGGAGGAGCAAGGCAUUGUGGUCUCGUUCACCUCUCAGGGCGGCAGGAAGAACCGAGAGAGUGUUCUGACCAUCCUGGUGCUGCCGUCUGGUCCUCAGUAUGAGGUGGUGCUGAAGGGACAGGUGGUACCAGAGGAGAGGGGUAACCCUGCUGCACCUGGUCCUGUCUCUGCCCUGGGCUUGCUGCCCCCCAGUGAGGUGCCCCCUAUCCUCUCCAACAAGCAGUUUGUGGCCUGGGGAGGGGUCACGCUGGGCAGGGCUGUACAACAGAAGCUGGUUCUUCGUAAUAACUCUCCCAACACAACACACCACCUGCGUCUGCUGAUCCGAGGACAAGAUCACAGCUGUUUCCAGCUCCAGAGUAGCUUUGGACAGGAGGAGAGGUUGACCCGCCACAGAGAGCUGUCCAUCCGGCCCAGGGAGGAUGUUGUUGUCCACCUGCUGUUUGCCCCAACCCGGGUGGCCUGCACCCUGUCCAAGCUGGAGAUCAAACAGUCUGGAGUACGGCCCUCACAGCCUGGCAUCAAGUUCACGAUCCCACUAUCAGGCUAUGGAGGGACCAGCAACAUUAUUCUGGAAGACCACAGGAAGCAGUCAGACGGCUACGUGGCUAUGCUAAUGGGUGUGGCAGCAGGCCAGGUCUCCAAGCUGUGUGUCUGUGUGAGAAACACAGGGUCCAGGGCUGCCUUCAUUAAGGCUGUUCCCUACUCUGACCUACACACACGCUCUGUCAUGGACUCCUCUGGCAUCAGCCUCUCUCCGUCGCAGUUCGUCCUGAAGGAGAGGACACAGGAGGUAGGUCACAUGACUUGUUUCUGCAUGUGGGUACCACACCACCAGGGCACCGCUGCUGAGGAGAAAUGCAAACAUCAGCCAUGA